UGCCUGUUGGUCGCGGCGCUGGCGUUCUCGGGCGUCCAGGCGCGCUCUGCCGAGCCCUCGUCCCACGCGUCGAACUCUCUCGACUCGGAGCAGGGCCGGUCGGGCUCUUCGGUAGCCGGGGGCGUAUUGGGUGACCUGCGCUCCGUCUACCAGAUCUACAAGGACUGCGCAGGCCCGGAAGUCAGCAGUUGCCUCAAGGUCAAGCUCCUCACGACGAUGGAACGGGCAGCGCGCAGUGCCCAGCUCAACAUAGCCGAGGGCGUGUCCUUGAUCAAGGACGAGCCCGCUGCCGGCGCGGCUCAGGGAGCUCAGGCAGAGGAGCCGAUCAGGUCGCCCCAAGAGAUCGAGGCCAGUCUGCCCAGGAGCCUCGAGGACAAGGAAGAGGCCCUCAACUCGAUGAUCGUUGACAAGGCUGUUGGAUUCCUGCAGAGCCACACGCUCAAGAUCAAGCUCCCCAAUGUCGAGGAGAUCCAGAGGAGUCUCUCCGAAGAAGGCCGUGGUAGGAAGAAGAAGAACAUGGGUGGCCUGCUGGCGAUCCCCCUGCUGAUCGGUGGCACCCUCGUCCCGCUGGCCCUGGGUGCUUUGGCCCUCCUCGCGGGCAAGGCCCUCAUAGUGAGCAAACUCGCGCUGGUGCUUGCCUCGAUAAUCGGCCUGAAGAAACUCGUCUCGAGCCACGACCACGGCCACGAGGGACACAGCGGCGGUGGCUGGGCCAGAUCCGGACAGGAGCUCGCCUACUCGGCGUACAAGCCCGUGGCGCCCGCCCCUGCGGCGUCUUAACGGACCCGCCGCCUCCCGAUCGCGGAAUCGUCAUGAUUUUCGCAAAAGUCAUCGCGUACUUUCUUCUUCUUCUCCUCCUUGCAUCUCUGCUCUCGAAUCUUUAUCGUCAUCGUCAUCGUCAUUAUAAAUACAUCCAUAUACGCAUAUAUGUAACUCACGCGUGAGCGUACAUCGAGUUGACUCGACUGACCCACAACUAC